CGACAGGUCAAUACACCAAACACUUCCACGGCGCAUUGCAUCUCCCCAACCCAGAAUCCAUUUUCGUGGGCCGCAUAUCACUAUCUGCUGUGCCCAACUCUAAUUCUAACCUCCAUCCUCAAAUCCCACCAGAGAAUAGCUGCAAUAAUCAACCACUCGCCUCCACCAGGCUCCAACCGACUUGGUGUUACGUAGCGGCAAGCUCAAGGUUGAAGAAACACAACGUAAUCCGCCACAACGACAUCUAGCGACGCACCGAACUGCCGAGCCAAAGAACUCGGGGGAGAGAAUUUAAGUAGGAGGGAAGCAAAGCAUAAUCUACGAGGCGGGGAUCGCGGGGAAGGGCGUACCCUUUCCUACAAACACCAACCAAGAUGAUGUCCUCCACCAACGAAGAGGACCCCUUCCUGCAAGUUCAAGCGUAUGUCUCUCUCUCAACUCUCCCUAUCCCACACAAGCUGUCCUGCUCCUCCUUGUCUUUUCAUAUUUGACACCUCACAGAGACGUACAAUCCACCCUCCAAACAACCCGCCCCCUCUUCACAUCCUACCUCCGAAUCUCCUCUCUCCACCCCUCCACCAAACCGCCCUCCCCCGAACUCCUCGAAGCACGAAAAGACCUCCAAACCGCCCUAGAAUCCAUAACCGAAGACCUCUCCGACCUCCGCGCAUCCAUCGAAGCCGUCCAAUCCGACCCCUACAAAUACGGCCUAGACACCCCCGAAAUCGCGCGUCGCCGGCAAUUCAUCCAAGAAACCGCGUCGGAAAUAGAAGACUACUACGAGGAACUAGCCAAAGCCCCAAAUGCCGUUUCCAAUUCAAAAACGAUAGGGAAGCGGAGUUCCUCUCGUGGAGGGAAUCUCCAACGUCAAGAUUCAGACCCUUACUCGUCACGAAGCCAGAACAAUAAUGGCGACGACGACGGGACAGAUUAUAACGCCGCCUUUGAGCAACAACAACAACUCCAAAUGCUCCACGAGCAAGACGAGCAACUCACCUCGGUCUUCCGGACCGUCGGGAACCUGCGUCAACAAGCGGACGAUAUGGGCCGGGAACUAGAGGAACAGGGUGAGAUGCUGGAUACCAUGGACAACCUUGCGGAUCGCGUGGGUGGGCGUUUACAAACGGGGUUGAAAACUAUGGGGACGGUUAUUAGGAAGAAUGAGGAUGGAUUGAGUAGUUGUUGUAUUGCGGUGCUGAUUUUUGUGCUAAUUAUCUUGCUGAUUCUGGUUUUGAUUUUGUAAGAGUAGAAACGGGAGAGGGCAAGAAAGAGAGGGGAGUUACGGAUGGAUGGCGUUUUGGGUUACAAUCUGAUAGGGAGGUGUAUAUAACAGGUAAAGAUAGGCCGAUAAACUAGGCCAGGCAGGCG